AUGGCCAUAAAUUUUCUUCGUCUCAAAAAUAUUAGUCCAGCAUCAGGCACAUAUUGUAAAACUUGGAUGUAUGUUGAAUUUACUCUUGAAGCAAUAAAUAAUUUUCUCGUGGCUAUGAUAUCUAUUCAACGACAUACAUUGGUCUUUCGACCAAAUCUAUUUUAUAUACGAUUGAAACUCUAUCUUCUAUACUAUUUACCACUUCUAUUCUGCAUUAUCUAUCCAACUGUUUUCUAUAUGGGUGCUGUUGUAUUCUACCCAUGUGAUGAGGGACAAUGGAAUUUUACAUUAAAUAUGUGUGGCGAUACUAUUUGCUUUCUUUCAAAUAAUGAAAUAUUGGCCAUGUAUGACUGGAUAGUGAAUAGCAGUUUACCAAUUUUUAUUAUUAUGUUGGCCAAUAUAUUACUCAUCAUAAGAGUUAUUAAACAAAAAUCUCGUAGACAAAAAGCCCUUUCAUGGUCAAAACAACGACGUAUGACAUUGCAACUAGUUGGUGUAUCAAGUCUUUAUCUGUUAACAUGGUUACCUACGAUUAUUAGUAGUAUUAUUCAACAGAUAACUCCAUCAAAUUACUUAUAUGAAGUUCAAGAAGAUUUUAUAUCAGAUCUCACAUAUUUAGUUUGUCUAUUACUUCCAUGGAUGUCUCUUGGAUUACUUCCUGACUUUCAUAAAUGGAUGUUAAGACGAUACCGGCAUCUAACAACCUGGCAAAAUACAAUCAGACCAACAAUAUAA